AUGCCGCCUGAAAAAAGCCAAACUGAAAAGAUUCCAUUGGACGAAGCUGUUCAACGCAUUCAAAAUAUGUGCAUAAACAAUGCAGAGCGAAUUUCAAAUUUAGAAGAAAAAUAUACUCAAAUGUACAAAAGUAUCGUACAAAAACAGGAAGAAAUUGAAGCCCGAAUGAACGAUAUACAAACCCAAAGCACUGAGAUGCACAUCAAGGUGAGAUCGACGUUAGACGAGACGAAGCAGCAAUUUGAUACAACUAAGCAGCAAUAUACUGAAAUUAUACAAACAUUACAUUCCAUAACUAAUGGAGAGGAAUCUCAGUCGCAAGAUAUUCAAGAGUCUGCAAAGCAGUCCACCAAUUAUUUAGUAUCAACUCAACCAGUACUAAAAGAUAUAGAUGGUGACUCACAAAAGUUCAGUAAAAAAGCCGGGCUUCCUCUUGAAAUAAAUGAUGCGAAAACAUCAAAGCCGCUUACAAUUAUAACACCUUCCACCAGUGCAGUACCAACUUUCGCUGGAAAAUGUUCAGAAAGCCCAAAUAAAUUUCUGAUUCGUGUUCAGGAAUACGCUGAAACAGUUUAUCGAUGGGAUCAAUCUACUCUUCUCCUUGGUGUUUCUCAGUUUUUGCGAGGUACCGCCUUAGAUUGGUAUUGCCAGUUGAUAGCGUGUCACAGACGACCACAAACAUGGACACAAUUUGUCAGCUUAUUUACGUCUCAAUUCUGUUCCCCUUUACAAAUUGCUCGCAAAGAACAAGAAUGGUAUGAAUGUAAACAAUGCAAAGACGAAACUAUUAAUGAAUUUUUAAUUCGUCUACGGGCUGUCUGGCUUGAGCAGAGACCAAAAGAGACAGAAGUUGAUUUCAUAAAACAUUUCUUAUGCAAAAUGCGGAGUGAUUUGUUUGCUAUGAUGGGUGUAAGUAUUAGUGCUUCGCUUGAUCAUAUUAUAUUGGAAGCGCAAAAAGUUGAGGAGAUAUUAUUCCGUCGUGACCGCGAACAACGUCUAGCAGACUGCUUUAAACAACCAUUAUAUAGAAGCAAUGUUACAGGUAAUCAUGAAUAUUACACAAUGAUGACACCACAAAGCGUUCUAAAUCAAAUAAUUUUUCUAUUUUCUUUUAUUUUUUAUUUAGAACAUUCGUUCGAUGAAGAAAACGUCUUACAUCAACCAAAUAACGGUAACUCAUUACAAAAUACGAAUACUGAUUUUUUUUCAGUUCACUUCUGGCGAUCUUUCGUCGCAAAAUACGAAUGGUAUCGGGUGUUGUAA